AUGGUUUGGAUGCGUAAGACGCCACGACCCACGCCCGCGGCCCGCCGUCCGGCCGCCAUUUUGUCGUUCAUUUUAUCCGACGCCACAGACCGGAGGGCACGACGGCGCUGGCGCUGUGCUUCUGCUUUAUUAGCAAUAGCCGUCAAAAUGGACAAGGACUACGAUCACAAGUUCGAAGAGAUGAAGAAGUAUAUCCCUUUUUUGGACAGUAUGAUUAAAAGACUGGAAAGCACUAGUACUACGUCUAACCCUCGACAAGCGCAACUUAAUAAAAUAAGAUCGCUUAGAGAUCUCCUUAUGGACAAAAAGAAAAGGAUGAAAAUGGAAAAUUUACUUAAAUGUGAACAAGUUUUAAUAAACUUAUAUGCGAAAGUUGAGCAGAGAGAUUCGCUGCCUGAAACUAAAAUUAAUUCUGCGGAUACUAAGCAGAACGAAACUGAUUUAAACUUAGUGAGAAAGAAGCUUCAGACGGCUGUAUCAAAAUUACAUACUGAAAAUGAAGAAACGUUGCCAGAAAUCGCUAGAGCAAGUGCUACUGAAGAGCUUUGCGUGCCAGGCAGUAAAGAACCUGCAUUGUUUCAACGUCGACCUAAUAUGCCUUCUGCAUCAACUUCAACUCAUUUUUCACCUACUAGAAACAAAGAGUCUUCUCAAACGUCAAAAAGAAAUUACACUCGCGUUCUCAUGUCUCCAGAAACUAGCCAGAAACGUUGGUCUAUUGAAGAUGUUCCUCAAGAUAAACCGCUGUUUAGUAGACGAUCUCCAAAAAAAUCUCCCAGGCGACUUUCUCCUACUUAUUAUAAAAAAGAACGUAGAAAAUCCAAAAAUAAAUCAAAAGAUAUCAAGUCAAAAGAUCUAAAUAUUACUCUUAAUGUUCCAGAAGAAAGCUUGAACUCUUUAAAUACCAAAGAUAUUUUAUCAAGAAUAAUAAAUUGUAGUGAUAGCGACGUUGACAUUGCCACGUUACGUGAAUUAAGGACUCAAAUACUAGGUGAGCUUAAGGAAACAGGAGCAAAAGACGAUAUUUCUGAUAUUAUUUUAAAAUCAUACAAGAAAAAGGAUAAAACGGUGAAAAAUGAAGAAAUUGAAGAAGGAGAACUCUCUGAUAGUGAAAGUGAAGCCAUAGAAAGUAUUUAUGGUAGUCUAGUCAUAGUAGAUAAAGACAAGUCAUCUUCUAACUCCUCACAAAAAUUGACAGAUGCCGAUAAACCUCGUAAAAUUCAGAUUUGUCUUGUCAUUAAUUCUGACAAGAUUAAAAGUACAACGCAAGAAAAUGGCACUAUAUUAUCUGUCGACAAGUCUGAUUUCGAAACAUUUAGUAAACAUGAAAAUGAGAGUACAACUGACAAAUUGAUGGACAAUGCUGAAAAACAAAUCAAGCCUAGUUCUGUUGCCAAUAUCAGCCAGCCAGACAGCCAAAACUCUAAAGCAAAUAUAGAAGAGUGUGACAAAGAUGUAAUUACAAUGGAAAAAGAUAUUGAAAGUAACGAAAUAGUCAAAAAAGAUUCACAAAAAGAUUUAUCUGUAAAUGAUGAAUUGCCAGUUCCAAAAGAAACAGAUUUAACUAAAGAAGUUCUUAAACCUAAUUUUUACACGCCAAUAAAUAGAUCAGAAGACGUAAAAGAUAAAAAUGAUCUUCAAAAUGAACAACCGUUAGAUGAUAAAAGUAGUAGUGAAACUUUAAGUGCAAUAAAAGAAAAACAGAGCCCUGUAACUUGUAGUAAUCUCGAUAAAUCAAAUCUAGAUGUAAAUUCUAAAACUGAUAACCUUUUACCAUCUCCCAAAAUAAAUUCUGAAAUACCUCUUUUAGAAACAACAAAAAAAGUUUCCGAAAUUGACAUUUUACAAGCUCUGAAGAAGGAGAUAUUAAGCGAAACGAAUAGCGUGCUACCAACGGAAUCAAUAACUCCACUGCUUCAUCUUCCUAAAGUAACAAAAGUAGUAAACGCGCAUGAAAUAGGAUCAAAAAAAAGAAUAUCAAUUGAAAACUAUAAAGCCAAAACGAGUGGUCCUACAAAGCCAGCUUUAAGUGACGAAAAUGUCUUUAGCCUUGGCAAAGAUGAUGUGUCCAAAAAACAAAGCUUAAAAUUAACGGAGAAAGAAUGUGAACGUUUUAAUUUUUUAACAAAAAUGAAAUUGGACACAACAUCUGACGACGAAGAUAAAUCUAACAUAUCACUAGAAGAUAUUUAUAACAAUUUAGCCCCAAAAUCCCCUGAUCAUGAAGAUUUUGCCGAUACUGGAAUUAAACCGCCCGUGAUCAUUCCAAGUGAUCCAAUUGAAACGGCAAAUAUUAAUAAUAGUACGGAAGCUGAUAUUGACAUGAGAAAAAUUCUACCAAUAUUACAAGUACACGAUUCGAAAAAUAGCAUUCCAGUGUCACCAUCACAUUGUAAAGAAAAUAUGCUUAAACAUUUAGUUUCAGAUAAAGAUGUCAAUAAAAAUGAUAAUAUUUUAAUAGAUCCAAGAGUAAAUAGGGAAAAUAAUUCUGUCGUUCCACCAGAAAGCCCUAAUCGAUACUUAAUAAAUUCUAACAUUAGACCAAGUACUGCAGUAAACUUUGGCAAUCCUACUUUUAACUUGAAUAAUUUUCAUAACACAAACUCUAAUUCUCCUGCUACAUCCAAUUCUAAUAAUACUCUGGUUAUGGGCACAAUGGUAUCGGGUAAUUUAAUCACUGGUAUAACAGAAAAUAUAUGUAAUGUCGCAGCGAACAUGACGCCAAAUAGAACAUUAAAUAUUGGUUGCAAUAUGACACCAAAUACACGAACUUUUGAAAUGACGCCAAUGCGCCAAUCAUUUGACAAUGAUGACUCGUUAAUGACGAAACAUGUAUAUGCACCAUUAUUUCAAGUUUCAGACCCCCGAGACACUAUCGAAAAUCAGUGUCAGCAAUGGGAUAAUUCCGAUAAAAGGCAACUUUCUUGGGAGGAAAGAGAUAUGAGAGGUAAUUCCGUUCAGAGGGAUGUAGAUUACAGGAAUCCUCGGAAUAAUUCUGUGCAAAGAGAUAUAAAAAUGUUUGAACAGUACCCAAGAAAUGAUAGAUUUAUGUAUGACAAUAGAGAUUUCGGAAAUAGGCUAGAUUGCCCUUCAACUCCAAAUACAGAAUUUAGUAGAAUGGAUUGCGCAAAUACAUUGAAUCCUCCUCCCACCUUUGGUAGGAUAGACUGUCCAUCUACACCAAGUCCUUCUUUUGGUAGAAUGGAUACUCCAAUGACUCCACUUCCUUCAUUCGGGAGGUCAGAGUGUCCAUCAACCCCAAGUCAUCCUUUUGGUAGACCUGAACCAUUUUCUACUUCUUAUAUGAGGCUUGAUUUUAACCAGAGCUUUGACAAAUCUCACGAUCCAAGAUUAAAUAGAAAUUCUGAUUACGAUAAUUAUCAUCAUUACGAUGAUAAUAGGGACCGUGGUUAUUAUCAAGAACGAAUAUAUAAUUCAGGUUCUUAUAAGGCGGACAACCAGCUUAACGAUUCCGAACAUUAUAGAAGAUAUCAAAGAGAACAAAGUAUAGGGAGAAAUGAAAGAAACAAAUCUUACGAACAACGCGGCCGUAAUUAUAGAGAGCCUCGUCGCGAUUCCAGUGUUGGUGAAACUUAUGAUAGAGAUUAUGAAUCAGACCGAUACAAUUCUAGACAUCGUGGCUCUGGUGGAAGAAAUUACGACUAUCGACAUCAAAAUCCAUACAAAAAAUAUGACGACUCGGAGCGGCGUAGUUUUCAACGUGAAAAAAGUGUUGGGAGGUCAGUGGGUUCUCGUGAGAGAUUUUCACGAUCGUUUACUCGAGAUCAUAGUGUAGGCCGUUCAUUUUCUAAACAAAAUAAAACUUCUGUACAGAAUUCAUUUACAAUUGAUACAAGUGUUAAUCGGACCUUUCAAUCGAAAAGUAAUAAUAAAAAUGAAUGUUCGAGUUUUGAUGCACGAAGGCAGCGAGCUGCAAGUGUAGGAAGGACUUCAAUUGGUGAUUCGACUUUAAAUAGAGAAUUUAAUGAAAUCAGAAACAUGGCUUAUGACAGAGGAAAUGAUACAAAAAGAAUAAAAUAUAAACGAGCAUGCAGCGUGGGAAGAGAAAUUAUUAAAGAUAAUAAACUUGACUUCAAAGAUAUCAAAGCAGACUUAAAAUCAUUUAAAUUUAAAGACAAUAUUAAUAUUGUUAAAGGUAAAGACCAAUACAAAAAAGAUGGCUAUCAUAAAGUAACUGAUUCGAAGAAGGUUAGUGACAAUCGCCGCCGGAAAGUAAUUCAUGAUACCCUAAACAAAUCUUCAUCUAGUAAUACAAUAUAUUCACCCAGGAAAAAUAAUAGAGAUCCAAGAGUAAGACGUGAAAAUUAUUAUGAGAAUAAAGACAAACAUAAUGAGAAAUAUCGAAGUAAUUCACAAGAAACGCAACGUUACGGUAUAGUAUACUCAAAUGAUAACAUUUCUAAGGGAAAUAUACUCGGUCCUGGAUAUGGCGUCAAAAAUUAUAAAAUACCAAAAAUAAAAAGACCACUAGAAGUGAAGGGUAUAAAUGAAAAUGAUAAUAAAAUAAAUAUUGAAGAUGCAGCUGAUAAACCUUUAAAAAAGAGUGUAGGUCAAACAAAUUUGGAGAAAAAGAAUAUUAACCAAAAUGUAAGAAAUAGACAAAUGGAUACAAUAUCAGCAAAAAAACAUAUUGGAGAUAAUGAAAGUAAAUCAAUUAAAACUGACGGCAAAACUGUGCUCAAUGAACAAUCUGAAUCUAAUGAAAAAAAUAAAAUAGAAAAAAUGAUAUCGAAAAAUGUUCAAAUGGCUAAAAGUAACAAAACAGACGCGCCAGAAGUUGAUACAUAUAUUGAUAAACAUGAAGAUAAAUCAGGAGAUGAUAAAGUAAAUAAUUUACCUGAAGUUUCCUUAGAAAAUGUCGAGAAGCGAAUUACAAGAUCAGUUAGUAAAAAUAUUACCGGAAAAUAUGUGGAAAAAAUAGAUACUUCACCCGUUAAACGUACGAAAAGAAUAAGCAAACUAGUUAUUUAUGAUUCGGAUUCGGACAGCGAACAAAAUCAAGAAGAUAAUAUUAAAAAUAUGGAUAACUUGAAUAUAGAAGAGAAUAUUGUACAUCGGCAGCGUGAUUUGCAAAAUUUUACUACAAUUAGUGAUGAAAAUAAUUUGGAUAGCCAAGUAAGUCACGAUGAUGAAGUAGCCUGCAAUAAACGAGAUUCAGAAAAAACUGAAGAGAAACAAAUGCAGGAUACUUUAGAUUCUAAUUUUGAAAUUGAUGAGCUGGAAAUAUUUUCUGAUAAUGUAGUAUCGGAUCCAGUUAUAGAUAAUAUAAAUGAUUUGAUAGCAGACUUGGAUCAUGAUUUAGAUUCCUCUAAAAAUGCGAAUGCGAGUAGUAAUUUUACUAAAGAGCUAAGUCUUGAAACCAUGAUGGAAAAUAUAACAUGUUCUGAAAAUACUGAAAACAAGGAAAGUGAUUUGACAAAUGUGGUUGACAGUCUUGAGUUUGAAGUGAAUGCAUGUAAGUCCAAUCAAAGUAGCAAUAUGACAGUAAUAUCGGAAGUUAAAGAUCAUAUAAAUGCUGUACUAGAACAAACUACAAAUGAAUCAUCUUUGGAAGUAGGUAAUAAAGAUAAAUUAGAAUAUGACGUAAAUAAAACUAAAUAUGCGAAUUUUGAGAACAAUGAAAUUAACAGAGAAGUCUUAGAUAAUCAAGUUUGUGAAAACGCACCUAAAGAAUUUGAUAUGAUAAAGACUAAUGUAAUAGAAGAUAUGCGAAGUAAUGAAGCUAUUGUAUCUACUUCAGUUAAUGACGAUGAACAAAAGAAUAGAACAAAUGUUGAGGAUCAAGUUGAACACAAAAUAACUCUCACUGAAUCUAUACCUGACAGUACAAUAACUUGUAACGAGAUAAGUGAGAAUGUAAAUACUCAAAAAAGCUUACCUGAUAGUACCAAUGAAACAAAAUGUGAAAUGAAUUCUGACAUAUCAUCCACUCACAAUACUACCGGAACAAAGAGUCAGAACACAGAUCUUUUGGAACCAAGUUCAUCUCAAACACCAGCAGCUCAGGUGGAAGCUAUUGGAAAGUUACUAUCAAUAUUACAAGAUAUUAAGAUAAAAGAGCUUAUUGGAUUUUUGGGUGAUCAAUCUACUGAAAAUGAAAAAAUAAAAAAGAAACUUGAAAAACUUCGUGAAAUUGUAUCUGAAGAUGAGGAUACAAGUAAGAAUGAAAAGGCAGAAAACGACGAUAGUAUUUUAAAUGAAGUUAAAGAUUUACAAAACAUUUGUAAUGAAUCUGAUGUACAAUGUGAUGAAAAAGAAAAAUUCAGCACGAAUUUUCAUAAAGGUGAUGAAAGUAAUAGUAACAUAGAUACAAAAAAAGAGGAUGUGGAAGAGUCUGAAAAAAAAUCGAUAAAUUAUCCUAUCAAUGAGGAAACUGUAGCAAACACAACUAGACAAAUUGAAGUGGUUGAAGACAAUAAUGAUAAUAUAAGUGAAAAUAAAAAAAAAGAGAUAAUGCAGGCAAUCAAUGAGGACAGUGAAAAUAACGAAGACAUAUUUGCAGAAGCUUUGAAAGAAAAUUUGAAAACAGCUAGAAAAGGCGGCAAGGCAAACGUUACAAAAAAGGGAAAAAUGAAAUUAACUAACAAAAUCAUGCCUAUAGAAGGCAAAAGACUUACACGUUCCGAUGCGGCAAAUUUGCAAACGGAGAAACCUCGAACAAAAAAAAUAUCUAGGGAAUUACAAAAAUUGCAAGCUGACAUAAAAGAAAUGUUUAUAAGAGACGAUGUUUUAAGUGUAACUGGUAUAAGAAUGUGCCGUUUAGCAAAACUAGUUGAUGAUAAAACAAAUCAAAAAGAGGAACAAUCUCAAACUGAAUGUAGUCAAUCGAUUAACCAAGAACCCGUUGUAUUACUAAAAAAGUUCAAUGAUUUCAAUAAUUCUGAAGAAUUAGAAUCUACUGAUAUAUCAAUAAAAAAACGUUCAGUAAAGUGUAAAAAAACGGAUGAAGGUAACAGGAGCCCAGUAGCAACAGAAGUUAUAACAAAGCGAAAAUCUGAUAUUGUUGUAAAGCCAGGGCCAAAAUCUAAGACAAAAUUAAUGCAAAGCUCUGAUAAUAGUGACCCGUAUAUGUUUGAAACCGAUUCUAUUACUGAAGCAUCUAAAGUAAGUGGAGUUAAAAAUGAUGACACGAGCUCUGACUCUGAAAGUGAAUCUCUUAGUUCCUUAAAAAGUUUUGGUAGCGUUGAAUUAUUUGCUGAAGUUAAGAAAAAAGUUAAACGUAAAAGAGCGUCUAGAGGGUGGAAAGCUGGAAUAAUUAAAAGAAAGAAUAAAAAAAAGAAAACGGAACGUAAGCAAGUGAAGACGCAAAACAUAGUAAAUGAUGAAUCAGCGGAAAUUCAAAGUAGUCCUGAAACUCCGGCGUCAAAUUGUUUUAUAGACAAGACUUAUUGUUUCCGUAAAAAUCUAACUAAUUACAACUGUCGCAUGUGUUCUUAUAGUGGAAUGGAAAUAGUUCAACAUUAUAAAAAACAACACCCUCAUUAUGAAAUCCCACUGUCAAGAAUGAGUCCAGCCAUGGCAAAAGAAGCCAUAAAGGAGUCUGUGAAAUUAAACUUUCAAGUAAUCAGCAAAGUUUCAUCUAAAAAAUAUGUUUGUAGGUUUUGUUUUGAAGAAUUUGGCAAUAAAAAGCCAGUUUUAGAAGCAUUCUUUUGGCACAUUGUGAGCAUGCAUACUGGUGAAUAUAAACAACUUUGUUCAGAAUGCUUAAAUGUUACUCGUUGUCCAUUUAAUUUAGAUAUUCCACCGCCUCCAAAAGAAGCCAAAGGUCAACUAAUAGGUUAUAUAUGUGAAAAAUGUAACUAUACUCAAAUAUCACUAGAAAAUCUUAAAACUCAUGUUAUAACGCGCCACAACGAUGAACAAACUGCAGUUUACACAAUUAAUUUAGCGGUUAUGUCAAAAGCUAUUGUCAAUAAUCUUUUAGAAAACUCUGCCCAACGAGAUACCGAAAUCAAUAUUGCUGAAGUUGGUGCACCACGUAUGCUUAGAAGUUCUCGUUCAAAUCUAAGUUUCGCAGAGAGUAGUGACGUUAAAAGCGAUACUACUGAAGGCAGCAGUCGAAAGAAAUUAAAAGAAGAAAUUGAAAAGCCUACAAAAAUGCAUACUAAAAUUACGUUUGAGAACGACAACACUGAUGAAAUAUCGAACUUUGAUGGUAAUGACAUUUGUACGAUUAAAACAGAACCUGAGUUGAAUGAACAUCAAGAUACUUCGCUUCGUAAUGAUGACGAAGAAAAAUGUACUAGUGACGAAAUUACUUCUAACAUAAAUGUAAAUGAAGAAGCUAUCACAAAUGCAAAUGAUAUUUUGGAUUACCCUCAUUUCAAGAUAAAAUAUACAGAGACGGGGACUAAAGAGUACGUAUGUUGUAUAAAUGGGAAUUAUCAUUAUAAAACAGUGCUAUUAAUUUCGUUAAAGAAACAUGUACAAACGAAACAUUCAGAAGUAUGGGAUGGAUAUUGUUAUAUUUGUAAGGUAAUAGUUACGCCUCAAGGGCCUUAUUAUUUUAAAGAUUGCCUACAGCAUAUGUUAGAUAAACAUAAUAAUUUCCCUAUUAUAGAAGAAGCAAAAACAAAUUCUGAACAAAAAUUAUCAGAGAUGGAGACCAAUACUUCUGAGAAAACCUCUAAUGACAGUACUCCAAUAGUAAAGUCAUAUAUAAAUGUGCGCCCACUGUCAGAUCUCAUUACAAAACCACCAGCUCCUCAGCCCCCUAUAGAAAAUCCGUCCCUCAUUUUACCGAUCAUUGAAAGCGUAAUAAGCCUUGGUGCUGCAGUUGAACAAUCACGCCCUAGUCCAACUUAUCCAGUAACAGAAGAAAUGAAAUUAAAAAAAAAAUACAAAUACGAGGAAGCUCAAGCAGAAAUAAUGUUAAGAAAACAUCGUGUUGUUUUAGAAGCGAUGAUGUCUCAUAAUAAAUUAGUUCAAGUGUUCAAAUGCGCUGGUCGAUAUUGUUCAUUUACAACAGAUAGUGCUGAAGAUGCUUUACUCCACGCGUCAACACAUACGCGGGUUGGCGGCGAAGAUUCCUUGAAAUGCGUUUACUGUGAUUAUGACUCUUCAAAUAAUGCAAUAGAUUUGAUAACUCAUGUAUUUAAGAACCACGGAUGCUGUCAAUUCGUGUGCAGCGUAUGUUUUUAUCGCGCCGCAGCAAGUCAAUUAGUAGAUGCUCAUAUUAAAAGGGUCCAUGAAGCAUCUGCUAAUAAAUCCAUUUUACACACUUCAAUUCAAACAGCACUAAUUAAAGAAGAUGAUAUUUUAUCUCGAGAAGCUGCCGUUCAUUAUUAUAUUUGUCAGGUCGGACGGGGUACAGAUGCUGCAUGUAAAUUUAAAACUUACACUCCUGGAAAGUUCUCGGAACACAUGAACAUGCGACAUAGCACUGAUAAAGAGUUUCCGUGUAGUAUGUGUCCAGUAAUACUGUCUACGCCAACAGAUUUAGUAAGUCACACAAAAAGUCACGGCUUAAAGUUGUACCAAUGUGCGUGGUGUGUAUACGGUUCGGAUAAUGAAUCGGGAUUAUUGGCUCACUCGUCCUCAAAUCACCCUGAUAAAUUGCCUAAAGCGUAUUUAAGAAUAAUUACAAAUAAGGAAGGGACUAAAGAAUUUAGAGUUUUGCCUCUAGCACAUUUAAAUAAAACUGAAAUUGCUUCUAUUUCUAUUGCAUCCGGUAAUUUUAAAGAAAACCCAGUUAGAGAAGCCGAAAGGUCGAUAGAAUUACAAAAAUUAAUCGCCCAGACAACAUUUGUGAUCGGAUCAUCAGCUGUUACUAGUAGUGACGAUGGACAAAAUACUGAAUCGCACACAAAUUUACAAGAACCUUUAAAACCUUUACAAGACAGCAGCAUUGAAAUGUCUUCGCAAUUACCUAUAAGUAGCAAAACUCCUCCACAUCAAAUCGAAGAAAUCAAUGCACUCGAAAAUCGACUAACACCUGUUAUUAAGGCGGAAAAGGAUGAAACAUCUACUAAGGUUUCCCAAAUUCUUCCUGACAUUGUGUGUUUAGAUAGUGACGAAGAAGAUACUCAAAAUGUAAUCGAUUUAUCCGAAGACGGUUCCAAUGCUCCUACCGCUACCAGCUCUUUAGUAGAAUAUUUAACACAAAAGACAGUUCCACAUACAAAAUUAUUUUUGUGUGCUAGGUGUCACGUAACAUCGAAAUAUUGCUCCACUUUUAAAAAGCAUAUAAAUUCUUGCUUCAGUAAAGUCUCCGAUCCUAUCAGUUGCGCCCAUUGUCCGUUGAAGUUUAAUAAGAAGGAUAUAGUUAGCCACUAUACCACUGUUCACUCGCAAAGCAACAAAGUUGCUUGUGUCAAGUGUCCCCGCAAAUUUAGUACACUAGCUUUCCUUAGGGAACAUGAAAAGACUGAACACAAUUCUACUUUGAACUCAGCUUCGAAUGUAGAAAGUUAUGUUAAGAAAAAUACAACGGGUCCUACACGACGAAAACGAUCUCUAGGCAGCAAAGAAAAAUACUCUGAACCUCAAGAAAAAAUCAAAAGAUUCGGACCACAUGACGUGCAUUUACUACCAAUUAACCCUAUUCUAGAUGAUUCUGUAUUCUGUUCUCUGUGUGAAUUCAGCACUAAAGUGAGACAUAAUCUGGUCAGACAUUUGCAAUUGCAUGCACAACAGCAACCUGUGCCACAAACUGCUCCUGUCAAUCCAGUGCCCCACUUGGAAACAAACGAAAAACAUUUUGACAAAAUGCUUAAUUUAGCUUCAAGUUCCAUCACGACUAGAAUGGAUAAGAACAAAUCGGAUAACAGUGUCGCUUCUUUAAUUAUACCACCAGAGGCAGCGUCACGUUAUCCAAAAUAUAUACCAGAAAAACAUCGUCUCACUUGCGGUGCUAAAGGUUGUUCGUACAUAUCCGUUGAUGAGUCGAUGCUUAAAUGCCAUUGGGAGACCUUACAUACUGGUACGAGUGUAUUCCAUUGCGUACAUUGCCCACCUUACCAGCAUUUAGACACUUCGAAGCCUUUAACGGCUUCUAGAGUUAUCGCUCAUCUUAAAAUGCACGAUACUAAUUUAUACGCUUGUUCGUUGUGUUCCUACUAUCAUUAUAAACGGCAAAUAUUAGAACAUCACUUGAAUGAUGUGCAUAAAGGUGGCCAAGUAUUGGUUGUUAGAGAAGAAGGGAUUGCAAUGCCAACGAGCCCAGCGCAGCCUCAAAUAGCUGCUCCUACAAUGGAUUUGAAGGCAUGGCAUUGUGGUCUUUGUAAAUUUAAGAGUUUAUUAAGAUCGAAUGCUGUCGAUCAUUGUGCCAAAAUACAUAAUUCUAAAAUGCAAUAUAAAUGCGCGUAUUGUGCCUUUAGGACAUCAAAUUCAGAGAAUGUUCUAAAACAUCAAUCGAAAUCACAUACUGGGAGGCCAGAAGAGAUCUUCUAUUACUAUUAUCAAGAGGGCACCGUACCUGAUGACCCAGACGGUACCCCGCUAUGGCAAAAACAAAGCCAAAAGUUUGUAAAUAUAGAAUCUAAGAUUAAAUCUGAGGUUCCUAGUGAGAACUUACCGUCUCCGAGUGUGAGUCGAGCAGCUACUCCUCCGCAAGCCUCAGUAAACCCAGAUAUUGAUCUUAAUCUAGUGAAAAAAGAAGUGGUAGAACCUUCUGAAGAGACAAUAGAAGAUUUGUGCAAGGAAUUUGGUGAAUUUUGUGAACCAAACGGUCUAAAAUACAAGUGUUCUUUGUGUAAGCUUGUCAUAGAAGACACUUUGGACGCUAUGCAAUCUCAUCUCUAUGAAGAGCUUAAGUAUAGAAAAUGGGGUUGCAGUAUUUGUACAUAUAAAGCAUUCCAUAAAACUGGUUUAAAAGAGCAUAUGGAAAUUGAGCACAGACAAAACAGAGACCCAGUUGCCUUGCAAGUAGAUACCAGAGUUGAAACCUGGGUCGCAAAACUUUUAGAACAUCAAACUGCGUUAAUCCAACAAAAUAUAGCGAAUCUCGCAAAACAAAAGGAAGAAAUCUUCAGACCAGUUCCAGGAACUGUGACAAAAGCUCCAAGUGCGGCAGAGAUAACAGUGUCUAGUAGUGCAACAAAAAAAUUGAAUAUGAUGGAGUUGCAAAAGACAUUCGGAGCUUUCGGGGAGGCUGUCAAUAUGUCUUUUUGUUGUCCGAAGUGUAAUGCUCUAUUUAAAGAAGAGGAUGCUAUGCAAAAUCAUUUGGAAAGUGAAUUAAACAAAAUAAGGUGGUUUUGCAGUCAUUGUUGUGUGACAUUCCAAACUUACCACGAAGCACAGUUCCAUUGUAGAACUACUCACAGUGAGUUCUCCCGACCCGUUGAAGUCAUCAGAGAUCACUCGGUGCGUUUCACCUGGAUUGAAGGAGUUCUACGUGCACAGAAACUUAGUAUGAAUCAAGUGCCGGUACAGAGAACAGAUACGGAAACUGAACGCCCAGAAAACUUCGAAACCGAAAAUGCACUGCUCAUGGUACGAUACGAAGAAAAAGUGCCAACGCCAGAGGAACAAAUGGCUUUAAGGACGUCAGUGGCUAAUCAUGACAGUGACGACGAAACGUUAGUAAUCGACGAACCUAAGGAAACCCGGAAAAAGACGAGGGGUUGCCCUUAUUGCGAUUACCAUGUAAUGAACUAUAACUAUAAUAGAUUACACAUUCAUAUUUUACGCCACUAUGGCCUUAAACCAUACACUUGCACCUACUGUAAUAUAAACACAGCAAAAAAAGCUUUUUUUCAACACCAUAAAGAGAAACACGCCUCUCUUCCUCUAGUACAAAAGAUAACAGAAAUUCCUAGUGAGAGUCCUUUAGAGUAUCUUGAAAAAAUAUCAAGUAACAUACUUAUUUGUUACGUGUGCCGCAAAUCAUUCACGGAAAAUGAGUCGAAAGAACACACUCAUAAUAACGAAGUUCCAUUAUUCGGAAAAAAGAAUGAUAUUGUGAUUAAAUGUUCUCAAUGUGCCACAAAUUUUUAUAACAGUGUAAAUUCUUAUCAAGAACACCAUAAGAUAGCCCACCCGAAUGUGCCAGCAAACUACGUUUUAACCAAAUUAGGUAGCAAAGAUGUAAGAGAAGUAGUGUACACUUGCGGAGAUUGUAACCAAAAGUUUUCUUCUUUAAGAGAUAUUAAGUUGCACGUGAUCACUUAUCAUUCUUCGAACUCCGUUUCCACGACAUUGCAAAAAGUACAUCUACAAGACAGCAACAUCCAGGAUGAUGAAAGUCUCAAAAGAAAGGCGGAUGACGUCACUAUCUUACCACCGACCAAAAGAGUAGCAAGAAAAUCAACAACCAAAUUGCCAUAUUCCAAACUUUGUGCUAGAAAAUCUACUACAAAAUUGCCGUUUGAUAUUCCUAGCGAAUCUGAGGAGUUUUCAUACUAUGGUACCAAGCCUUCUUCAGAUGGACUUGAAAAUGUUACAGCCAUGAUGUCCUUCUGCAACACAAUGAUGCCGUUCACCUUGAAGAAAUUAAGCGAAAUUAUAAACAUUAACCCCAUAGUGCUAGUGACAAAAACUACGAAAAAG